AGCUGCAAGUAACGAGCAAUCAGCGUCCCCUCAAGAAACGCGCAAUGGUGCAUUCGCGUCUACAUCCCGUGGGGCAGGGAUAUCAUGCAUUCGAAUGAAUGGAUCAAUCGUUUUCCUUCCUAGCUCCUAAAAUUUGCUGCUCUUUCUUUCAAUUUCACAUUCACAAUCAUAAAGUCCUUAUACUUUAACCUUUCGCAGUUUUGGUCAUGUUUGGGUGACCACCAGUGAACAACAAUAUAUCCACGAAAUUUAUCUUGCGAGUCCUGUUACUUUUUCAGAUAAAUUAUUUCCCUUGUUUAUCUUGUGUACAUGUGCGCGACAAUGUGACAAAAUAUACUUAUUUGAAUGUUUUAGUAGCCUCUGGAAGGAAUCCGAAAUUGACAGUAUUAUCGAGAAUUUUACAAAAAAUAAUUAAUUAUGGGGACGACUAGAAGUGUACACCGCCUGCGGUCAGUUAUAGUAUUUUUAAGUGUAGGUGUAAUUUUGCAGUGUAAUGGACAAAACUUGGAUAUUGACGUAUCGCCAAAUAUUCAUCGCUUGUAUCAACAUUUAAACCGAGGGGUACAAAGCAUGUUGAAUUGGAGAUUGAGAGACCUAAAUCUAGGCCGAUUUGCGCCUCAGGUCCAUGAUUUGCAUGCAUCUUCGUCCCAGCUGCACCCCAGCUACGCCCUCAGCCCCCAGCGUCAUCGCAGCUCCGUGGUCGACGGGAUCACUGCAGGGUCCUCGAAAUUCUACUCCUCGUCGUCCUCUUGGCCAGGCAGCAAAAGUUCCUCGUCACGUGACCACGACGAUAUUUAUACGACGAGUGGGAGCGGUGCAGGUUAUUACCCGUCCUCGCUGUCCGCAGCAUCGUCUGGGUCGGAGUGGGUGUCUGGACCCCCGCCUGGCAGCAUCGUUAGCAGCAGUGGUUGGGCAAACCCACGACCCAGAAAGUUUGGACCACCACCACCACCCUUCAAAACCACGAUUUAUGGUCCCAAACUGUACACCCACCCACCAACGCCUAUACAUUCGAAGCAUCAUCAUGGACCACUCAAGAGUUUCUACAGCAGCAGCUACGGUCGCCCACCGCCUUCAAAAACGUAUUCCAGCAGCUACACUCCUACCACGACUUCGAUUCACCACGAUCACGACGAGUGGUCGUCGAGUGGGUGGAGUGGGUCGCCUCCCUCCUCCACCCUCGUCCUGUCUGGUUCGUCAGGAUGGACUGACCCGGAACCCUCCUCACAAGGUUGGGGUUGGUCUCCACCAACGGAGAGUCCCUUCAAAGGGAGUGACGGGUGGGGUUGGGGUCCAAAGUGUGACCCUGAUGCCCCUCCCUUCGAACUCAACUCCUUGGACGAGAUUCCUCCGGGUUCGACCUUCGUGGACGGGUAUAACCGAACGGCCUCCCGGGAGGACUUGCCCCCAACGCUCGUCCCAACCCUGCCAGUCGCCUUCACGGUGGGUGUGAGGACGUCGCUCCCUCCGAAUUACUCGACCCUCUUCAGCGAGGCUUACACAAUUCGGAUCAAUCCUGAUGGGACCACGAACCUUGAGCGAGAAGUGAACCACCGCCCGUCGGAACCCGUGACGGGCACUGCUGGCGGUGGAACUCAGUCCGGAGGAGCAAGUCGACCUCGAAAUCAGAGAGCGAAUGGCAAUGGGUUGAGAAUGACCUCCUCUGUGAUAGCGUCGCCAUACGUAUCCGCCCCCAUCAACGGAUCGCUGAACAACAACGGGUUUUUCCGUGCGGGCCUCCAAAAUCGAGCGGCUGCUUUUCGGGAAGGGCCAGCACACCCGUUGGUGUCACAGGUGGACGUUCUGCUUCAACUGUUCAAUGAGCUGGACAAGAUUCAGAGGAGGCAGGCUCAACUGGACGCGGAAAAGGAGAAAAAGAGACAGCAGCAGGUGGGAUGGGGCUGGGCUGAUGGGGGCGACAACGGAGUGAAUGGUGCCUCAGGCGACAAUGGAGGAAAUGGUGGCAAUGGGAAUGGAGGAGGUUCUGACCUGGCCGCACCCACCGUUGUUCUUAUGGUGCAACGUUUCUCCGUCCCAGAACCCAACACUUCUGAGGCUGGGAUGUUGGACUCGGCAUUCAACUUUGGUCCACAGGCGAACCGGUAUAGCUUUGGAGACUUGGACCUCGUGACGGACGGUUGGAAGGGGGCGGGUGAUGGUGGUGUUGGCGGGGCGGGUGGAGGUGGUGGGGCGGAAAUCCCUCUAAAUCUGGCCAACAUGGGGAGCUCGGUGGGCGAGGUGCAGAACGCGCUCAACGCCAGAGUACGCGCAUACGUCAGGACUUUAAGGGAAGCGUCGGCAGCGGCGUUUGAGCCGGUGGAGGAAAUGGCCUACGCUGGGUUCGAGCAACAUCAGUACUUCAUCAUCCCCCCCGACGGCUGCCAGCAACCCAUCGACCCUCCCAAAUUUAGAGGAACCACGUCCAACAAUUGUGCAUUUGGACCAGUCAAUUCCAACCAAGAUGCGCCAGGUUGUUUCCCACCGCGAUGCUGAUAGUGAUGACACUCAGGCGUGGUCAACUUGUUUCGUGGUUGCGGUUUGCUUAUGUAUUAUCUAUAUUUACAUAUUUAGUCAGUACUAAUUUUAUUAAAAGGAGGAAUAAAAAAAAGUUAAGUGCGAAUGGA